CGCUACCCAGUACAUGACAGCUUAUAUCCCUGCAUAGAAACUCACAACCACACGCUACAAUCAAACCAUCUUUUAAUUUAACAGCAAAAAGAACGAAUUAAGAAUAAUCUGGACAUAACAUUGGUAAAAUCGCUGUCAUCCCAGUCGCACAGAACUGUCCAAACAAACAGGCAUUUCUGGAGGAGAUAUGCAGUUUUAAAGAUGAUGUUUAUUAAAGACGAGAGUGAGGAUGCGCCUGAUCCAGAAAUGCGCAUAAUAAAAAUUGAGGAGCACGAAGACCUGUUUGAAGUGAAAGAGGAAAGUCAACUUCUGAAUGAAGUGCAGGAGGAACAUCAGCCUCAGAAAGCUCAUGAAAUCAUCACUAAUGAAGAAUCGCUAAGUUUCUCCCAAACUGAAAUGAGGGUCUCUCAAAGCAUCCCUAAAACGACAAACGUCAAAAAGCCUUUUGCUUGCUCUCUAUGUGGAAAACGCUGCAACCACAGAGGCCAUCUUAACGAUCACAUGCUAACUCACACCGGUGAAAAACCGUUCGCCUGCCCUCAGUGUGGAAAGAGAUUCUCGCGCAGGCGAAACCUCAACGAUCACAAGCUAACUCACAGCGACGAGAAGCCUUUUGUCUGUCCUCAAUGCGGGAAGUGUUAUAAACGCAACGAACACUUUCAGAGCCACCUACUAAGUCACAACGGAGGCAAACCCUACACUUGCUCUCAAUGCGGAAAGAGUUUCAGCUAUAGAAGGACCCUGAAUGAUCACAUUAAAAUCCACACCGGUGAGUGUCUUCACAUUUGUUUACAGUGCGGAAAGAGUUUCCUGAAUAAGGGACACCUGAAGGAACAUGUAAAAAUCCACACCGGAGAAAGACCUUUCUCCUGCCCUCAGUGUGGAAAGAGUUUCAUGAGCAAACGGGACGUCGCCUAUCACAUGAGGAUCCACUCAGAAGAGAAGCCUUUCAAAUGUCACCUGUGUGAAAAGGGUUUCGCCUGGGCAAGCUGUCUGAAAAUUCACAUGAGCCACUCUCACUCUGGUGUAAGGCGGUUUACCUGCGAGCACUGCAAUAAAAAGUUUGUUCUGGAGUCCUACUUGAAGAGGCACCUGAAAAUUCAUCAAAACGAGAAACCCUACGUCUGCUCUGUUUGCGGGAAAGAGUUUUUAUGGCAGCUGUCUUUCAAGGCGCACCAGAAAAUACAUGAGGGGAUGAAGACGCACGUGUGCUCGGAGUGUGGAAGGGCUUUUACUAGAGCCGACUAUUUGAUAAAGCACAGAAAAGUGCAUACAGGAGAGCGACCGUUCACAUGCUCCUAUUGUGGAAAGAGUUUCAGCAAGAAGGCGAACUUGGGAGAGCACGAGAGACUGCACACUGGAGAGAAACCCUUCAUCUGCGGUCAAUGUGGAAGCGGUUUCACCUCAGCAAAACGCUUGAGCUAUCACAGAGAAAAGCAGUGCGCUGGGAUCCCAACAGAUUCAUGCUCUGUGGAAGUGGUGAUUGUUCCAGAUAUGAUUGAGGAUUGUGUUCCUGCUGAUUCUGCCACAACCUUUAGAAGUGAAUAGACUGAUAUUCAGUGUCAUUAGCAGCAAGAGCCUUGACUGAACACGUACAGUGAGGAAAAUAAGUAUUGAACAUGCCUUGUUUUUUCCUGGGAAUAAUAUUUCUAAAGGAGCUGUUGACAUGGAGUUGAAGCAGAUUUUGGUAAAAACCGA